AUGAAAAAGAAUCUUUGCCCUGAAAGCGAAAGUGUCUCAGCCCAGAAGAAGAGAGAGAUAAUGGAAGAUCUUGUUAAGGGCCAUGAAGCUGCUACUGAACUAAGACUUCUGCUUCAGAACCCCUUUGGGACUGAACCCUCUCUCUCUUCUCAUCACCUCAUAGCCAAGGUGCUCAGAUCUUUCACACAAGCUCUUACUAUUAUCAAUUCUUCCCCUUUGGCACCUGCUUCUGCAGAUGGGCUGGCUCAUCGGAAUCUCCUGUUUUCCGGCGAAAAUGGGCCGUCUGUUCCCCGUUCCGGCAACUGUCCGACAUCUGGAGAUUGCAGUGAGAAGAGAUCCAAAAAGGGUGGGAGAGGUCGCUACAACAGAAGAAAGAGUCUCCUCACAUGGACUGAGCUAUCUUACACUACUGAUGACAAUCAUGCCUGGAGGAAGUAUGGACAAAAGAAAAUUCUGAAUUCUGAAUUCCCUAGGGGUUACUUCAGGUGCAGUCAUAGGUAUGAUAAAGGUUGCAAAGCAACGAAACAAGUGCAGAGGGAUGAACAGUAUCCUCAGAUGUAUCAAACUACUUACAUUGGCUCUCACACAUGCAAUGCCAUCUCCGAGAUUGUGACAAACUCAACAGAUUCUUCCAAUUGGGAAUCUUAUCUUUUGAAUUCUGAUCAUGAUUCUGUUUAUGAACCCCUAAUAGCUCACCAACCUUAA